UUUACAGCUAUACGCGCAAGAGGAGUAUACGUGAACCAUAUGCCAGGGGAGCAGACCUUUCUCACGGCAGUAAUUCGGUUAUUUUUGCGUCUGUUGUGUUAUUACUAAAGUAGGUUACCUACAUUUAAGUUAAUUGUACUGUAGCAAGAAGCAUGGGCUGCGCAAUAUCAGGACUGGCACCAAAAACACUUGGAGAGACAAAAACGGAAGAAGAUGUUGCGCAUCUCAACGAGAAGCAAAUCCAGAUGAUCAGAGAGUCCUGGAAAGUUAUCCAGGAGGACAUUGCGAAAGUUGGAAUUAUUAUGUUCGUCAGGUUAUUUGAGACCCAUCCAGAAUGCAAGGAUGUAUUCUUCCUGUUCCGAGACGUGGAGGACCUUGAGACGUUACGUACCAGCCGGGAGCUGAGGUCACAUGGCCUACGAGUAAUGUCCUUCAUUGAGAAAAGUGUGGCCAGACUGGACCAGCUGGAGAGACUAGAGGUCCUGGCUGUGGAGCUAGGGAUGAGCCAUUACCAUUACAACGCCCCACCCAAAUACUACAGCUAUGUAGGAGCAGAAUUCAUCUGUGCUGUCCAACCCAUUCUCAAAGAGAGAUGGACCCCUGAGCUUGAGGAGGCAUGGAAGACCCUGUUCCUGUACCUGAGCAGGCUUAUGAAGCAGGGCUACCAGGAGGAGACAAGCAGACAUCACCAUGAGGCAGAAUCCCGCAAGGAAAGGCCAGAGAAGAGGAACACAGCCAGAUGAGAGGCCUGGCUAUGGCUGGCCUCCACCCAGAGACUGUUGAGCAUAGCACAAAAAUGUGGCACGUGGCUUUUAGCUGUGUAUAUAGUGUAUUUAUCGCUUACAGUAUUCAUUU